AUGGAUAUUCCAAAAUAAUUAUUGGUUUUUGUUAAUCCAGCAAGUGGAAAAGGACAUGCUUUGAGAGAAUGGAAUAAAGCCAAGCCCAUUCUUGAUAAAUUCAAUGUAAAAUACCAAGUCAUUAUGACAUAAUAUCAAAAUCAUUGCCAUGAUUAUUUAUUGAAAGAAGACCUAUCAAAUGUUUAUGGAGUCGUGCUUGUCUCAGGAGAUGGACUACCACAUGAGGCUAUUAAUGCUUUAUAUGAAAGACCUGAUUGGGAAUAAAUAUCGCAAUCUAUUACUAUUGGGGUUCUCCCAGGUGGAAGUGGAAACGCAUUUGCUAAAACCUUAACUAAAAUAUCACAAUUAGAAUGCAACUCGGAAAGUUGUGCUCUUCUAAUAGCAAAAGGAAUCACCAGACAAAUGGAUCUUAUUUUACUAGAAAUGCCUCAGAAGAAGGUGGUCUCAUUUUUAUCCUUAGCCUAUGCCUUUAUUUCUGAAGUUGAUUUAGGAUCUGAAUCACUUAGGUUUUUGGGAGGAGCCAGAUUUGAUGUAUAUGGAACAUGGAGAGCUAUGUUUUAAAAAAAAUAUGAGGCAAAAUACAAUAAUCAAUAAAUGAUUUUUAGGUAUUUUUUAGCAUAGAAGAUACCUUACAUAAGUGAUAAUUAUUUAUCAGCACCUGCAGCUAAGAUUGAUGAUGGAAUGAUUGAUGUAUAAUAUCUUGAGGCAGGAGAUUGGUCCCAAUUAGUCAAGUUGUCCAUAAAAUAAUACGAUGGCAGUCAUGUAGAAAUCGAUGAAUAGGGAAAUAUAAAAUCUAAAGGAAAUUGGAAAUAUGAAAAAGUAAAAGAAUAUACAUUUGAACCUAUUACUAAUUGUCCAUUGAGUAUAGAUGGAGAGAGAUACCCACCACAACCAGUUAAAGCCAAAGUACUAAGUAAAAUUUUGAAAGUAUUUUGCUAUUGAAAUAAAUAGAUAAAUAAAGCUUAAACAUUUUUCUUUUUAUUU